UUAGGAGAAAUUAAGGAUUGCUCUUCUUUUUCUGAAUCUUACGAACAAGUAUAAUGCACAAAGCAUUUACAGGCGUAUUGACUGAAUAACUAAUUAGUACAGAAUUGUCUUUAUAUAUAUAUAUAUAUAUAGUAACCAAACAGAACGCUGUGUUUUAUGUUAACUUUAGUUGAGAGAUGUGGUGAAUUAGAUUUGCAAGACUGCAUAUGGCCUGGCACCAGCAUGACCAGAAAGGGUCACCGGAACUGUACAUGAGAAGGGCGGGUUCAAUGUAGUAGGUCAAGUAUCAAUGGGAAGAACAGAUAUUAAGUGGAGUUGGUGCGGUCAUAUACUAUUAAAGUAGAUUUAAUUGGUAGAAACUGGGAAAGAAUGGGCUUGGGUUGCUUUCAAGGUCCGAGUUGGUUUUUGAAGCCAUCUUGUCUCUUUGAGUCAACUGUGUCUUAUCUCUGGUGACAAAGGCAAAACAGCUUACCUCAGAAAGCACACAAGUCAUCAAAACCCUAACAAGACAAUCUUCUGUUUUGUUUGUCAAGUCAGUGAAAAAUCAAUGGUUCUAAUCUAGCACUUGAAUAGACAAUCUCAAGUUAGCAAAAGGGAAAUGCUUUGUCAAUCUUGAGAUUUAUUUGUCCUGUUCAUGUCCAUCAAAGUGACAAUAUAAAUGGAAGAGCAUUUGAGAAAGCAUUCAGACAACACAAAUUUGGUUCACCUUGGAAUCAUAGCUGUCGAAUUCACCUUGCAUUACUUGAAAAGUGAAUUGAAGAAUACAAAUGUGGGUUUUGAGUCAUGUGACUACUUAGGACUGGAACAUAUGCCAUGCUAACUGAUUUGUGUAUUUUAAUUUGAUCCAUUAAUUAAAUCUUCAAGUAAAAGCAAAGAAAACCCCUUGAAACAAUGUCUCUGAUGUAGCGAAACUCCCAUUUCCACCUUAUAAUUUUAAAAAGUUUGAGCUUGAAGCAUAAUUGCUAUAAACAUUUAAGCUUUAUUUCAACUUUUCUGAAGAACACAAGAAUGGCAUCAACAGGGCAAUCACAGUCACUAAAAAGAAGGGAUGCACCAAUAACAAGAGAAGGAGGGGAUCAGCUAACUCUAACCCCUUUAGGUGCUGGAAAUGAAGUGGGUCGAUCCUGUGUUUACAUGUCAUUUAAAGGCAAGACUGUAUUGUUUGAUUGUGGAAUUCAUCCGGCUUAUUCGGGUAUGGCUGCUUUACCUUACUUCGAUGAGAUUGACCCUUCCACUAUUGAUGUGCUUCUCGUUACACACUUUCACUUGGAUCAUGCUGCAUCCCUACCUUAUUUUCUUGAGAAGACCACAUUCAGAGGUCGUGUUUUCAUGACUCAUGCGACAAAGGCUAUCUACAAGUUGCUUUUGACUGAUUAUGUAAAAGUGAGUAAAGUUUCAGUGGAAGAUAUGUUGUUUGAUGAGAAAGACAUAAACCGCUCAAUGGAUAAAAUCGAGGUUAUUGACUUCCAUCAGACUCUGGAUGUUAAUGGCAUUAAAUUUUGGUGCUACACUGCUGGUCAUGUCCUUGGCGCUGCCAUGUUCAUGGUAGAUAUCGCUGGUGUUCGAGUGCUGUAUACUGGAGACUAUUCACGUGAAGAAGAUCGGCAUCUUCGUGCUGCUGAGAUGCCACAAUUCUCUCCAGACAUAUGCAUAAUUGAAUCUACCUAUGGUGUCCAACUCCAUCAACCUCGACACCUUCGGGAGAAGCGCUUCACUGAUGUUAUCCACUCCACCAUCUCUCUAGGUGGUCGUGUUCUAAUUCCAGCAUUUGCUCUUGGCCGAGCUCAAGAACUCCUUUUGAUCCUUGAUGAGUAUUGGGCAAACCAUCCUGAGCUUCAUAACAUUCCCAUAUAUUAUGCUUCUCCCCUUGCAAAAAAGUGCAUGACUGUUUACCAGACAUACAUCCUUUCUAUGAAUGAAAGGAUCCGCAAUCAGUUUGCGAAUUCAAACCCCUUCAAAUUCAAGCAUAUAUCACCGUUGAAUAGCAUUGAAGAUUUUACUGAUGUAGGGCCAUCUGUGGUUAUGGCAAGUCCUGGAGGACUGCAGAGCGGGUUGUCAAGGCAGUUGUUUGAUAUGUGGUGCUCUGAUAAGAAAAAUGCUUGUGUUUUACCUGGAUAUGUUGUUGAAGGGACCCUAGCUAAGACAAUCAUUAAUGAACCAAAGGAGGUACAGCUCAUGAAUGGACUAACUGCACCACUCAACAUGCAGGUCCAUUACAUCUCAUUCUCUGCGCAUGCAGAUUAUGCUCAGACAAGUACCUUUUUGAAAGAGCUCAUGCCUCCUAACAUUAUUCUAGUUCAUGGAGAAGCCAAUGAAAUGGGAAGGCUCAAACAGAAACUUAUCACAGAGUUUGCUGAUGGCAAUACCAAGAUAAUCACCCCAAAGAAUUGCCAGUCUGUUGAGAUGUAUUUCAACUCUGAAAAGAUGGCAAAAACCAUUGGAAAGCUGGCUGAAAGGACCCCGGAUGUUGAUGAAACUGUCAGUGGGAUGCUGGUGAAGAAGGGCUUCACUUAUCAAAUCAUGGCACCUGGAGAUCUCCAUGUCUUCUCACAAUUAUCAACGGGAAAUAUUAAUCAGAGGAUUACCAUUCCUUUUUCUGGUGCAUUUGGUGUGAUAAAGCACAGGCUUGAGCAGAUUUAUGAGAGUGUGGAGUCUGGAAGUGACGAGGAGUCUGGGUCUCCAACACUGCAGGUGCAUGAGCUGGUAACAGUGAAACAAGAGUCUGACAGACAUAUUUCACUUCAUUGGACUGCUGACCCCAUAAGUGAUAUGGUGUCUGAUUCAAUUGUAGCUUUGGUUUUGAACAUCAGCCGGGAGGUUCCUAAGGUAAUAGUGGAGUCAGAGGACAUAAAAUCUGAGGAAGAAAAUGAGAAAAAAGCAGAGAAAGUGAUUUAUGCCCUCCUUGUUUCACUCUUUGGAGAUGUGAAACUUGGAGAGAACGGGAAGCUGGUCAUACGUGUCGAUGGGAAUGUGGCAGAGCUUGACAAACAGAGUGGGGAUGUUGAGAGCGAGAAUGAAGGUCUCAAGGAACGAGUCAGGACAGCAUUUAGGCGAAUUCAAAGUGCUGUGAGGCCAAUCCCGCUCCCGCACCCUGCAUCUUAGCGUUUCUCUUUCCUUUUCCUUCUUGUUUCAACAUGUUUCUGACCUUCGAGAAUAGAUUUUGUUUCUAUUGAGCACUAAUUUCUAAUUUAUCCAUUCCGUAGUAAUUUUAUGUUUGAAUG